AGAUGUAGAUGUAGAGGAAGAUUAUUAGAUGUAGAUGAUGAAAAAAGUGAAAAUGACAACUACGACUCGUUCUUCUUUUUCCGAGCUAUGGCGGGAAAUCUUUAGUCCCGGUUCUACCGUUGGUUCUACCGUUGCUGGAGGUUUUACAGCUGAGCACAUCGCUAUGCGUCAAAAACUAGCGAUACGAGUACUGCAAGACUUCUUUCACAAAAGUAAAAAUGCAGAAGAUGAAGAAGAUGAAACAGUCAACCAACUCGAAGCAGCACUUUAUGAGCUGGACUCUUCCGACACUUAUGAUGUGGAUCUCGACACAACCGACACGGACACUUCUGAUGAGGAGCGACUUUGCCUUUACUAUCGACUGUCCGCCAUUGCAAAAGGUCUCGUGAGAACGCCGGGUUUGUCGAUUGCAGAGUCUUUAGGACAAUUAAGGGUAGGUUAAAGGUGCUUUUCUUACCGCUUUUUAUGCCUCUCCUAAGGGAGAAAGGCAUAAAAAGCGGGGUAAGCAAGCACCAAAAACCUACCUCUAAGACAAGAUACCAGAAAUCCUGAAGGUCUACGUCCGGCACAGGAAAUGCGGAUAAUGCCGUUGAUCGGGCGCAGCAGCAGAGCUGGCGAAAGCAAUGGAAAUGGGGGCCAAGGACAGGCGCUAGACGAGAUUAUGCUAUGGCUGAGCCUGAAAUCUCAAUACUCGGAACUUACAUCUAAGUACAUCAUUCUCAAGAACAAAAUGCAGAAAGUGGAAGUUGGAAUUUGAAGAAGACAAAACUUCAAUGAUGCAGAAAUCAAAAAGGACUGACAUAAUGAGGAGUCACGAAAAAAGAUGCAACAAGGGAAAGAAGUAAAAAACGUGCACUCAUAAUUAAAGAAGCUAAACCCCGAGAAUGGGCACAUCAAUCAAUCAAUCAACAUUCAACUACAUCACAACGAUUGCUGUCUCCUCGUCUAACAUCCGACCUGGUUCGAGCAAUCAAUUUCGUCAUGGACGCUGUCAUCUGUGACGUGACUUUUCUCCAAAAACACUUAACGAAUGCGGCUGAGAGUGAUCCCUUCUUGAGAGGGCUGUUGGGGAUUAUGGAUCGGUGCUAUGGAACAAAUCGAGAUACAUCAUCAACAGGUAGUUAUGAAAGCAAGAUGAAAAGGAUGGAACAAAAACAACCAAGACUACACCUGCUCCGGCAAGACUAUUUGAUGAAUGCCAAGGACACGACUCGAAGUCGGAAUUACAACCAAGUUGAGAUCAACACGAUUGCGGUCGCAUUUGCUGGAAUGAGCCAAACUCUGGCUGAAAUUACAAACGCAACUGGUGGUGAAGGUGAUGAAUCAGAUGCCGCACGAAAGAAGUUCUUCAAGGCAGCGGACGGCUAUGCUCGAGGAUUAGCAGCUGCACAUGAGGCAUACGCGAGGCGGUUUGCUCAAGAAUUCCAAUUCCAAGAUGAAGAUGCAGUAGGAGCAGAACAUGGCAAGGAGGAAGAUGAAAGAAGUCCAGCUGUUUGCUUCCUGUGUUUUGAGAACGACACGCUGGAGAUGGACCAGAGGCGGAUUCAACAAAGUCUCAAAACGCUUUUCGAUGUGCCUUCCUUUUUUGCUGUUCUGCCUGGUGAUGGUGAAGGAGAUGUUGCUGAUGAAGGAGCUCUUGGCCUUGCUGGUACAGAACAAGAAGUGCGAGAUGACCAAGAAAUCAUCAACGUUCAAGGCACAACUCUCCUUAAGGGUCGUUACCACAUUACAUCCCCCACAUGCAUCCUUGGCCCUUUAUUUUCAGGGCGGAGAAUUUAGGUCAAGGUUUUCUGGAGAAUGCAAGUAUACCGAAACCUUUAAUCUCCACCUAGAUUCCUACUCCCGACUUUGGAUCAACCACAGGCAUGUUGCAGUGGUCUACUGGCACACGUCGUUUGCACCGGAAAACACACACUCGAAAGCGAGGGAGCUUAUCUUAAGGCUGGACGAUGUGGAACAAUUAGACGAUCAUGUGGGUUUAUUAGAUUUGUAAUUGUAUCUUCAACGCGGAGGAUCACUAGAAAAACUACCUGAAGUUUUGUAGCGUCAUUCGGGAGCCGCUGAAUGGUUCCGGUAUUUGGUAACCUGAAUUUGAUCAUAAGGGAAAACAAGAAGAGAACCCGUAUGAUCAAACUCAGGUUACCAAAUACCAGAACCAUACAGCCGCACUUUUAGCAUCAGCAUGUUCUAAGCUCAGAACGUUCCGCUGCCAUCAAAGUCCCGACGGUUCCAGCACAACUCGCUGGGACGAAAAAAAUUCAACAGUGUCUCGCUGAUGAAGAAACACUGAUGAGGUUCUUGCGUGGAUAUACUUCAAGCUCUGAGACAAGAGAGGAAAACAAGGAGACGAAGGCAGACAACUCACAACUACUAGCCUUAGCUCGACGCAUUCUUGACGUUACUGCGACUCAGUACGAUUUAGAAGAGCAGAUCGAAACCUGUUUGUCCCCUGAUGCUGAUGGAGAAAGGGCACGGGCUUUGAUAGGGUCAGUCUAUGCGAAUCCAGAGAAAUGGCUUUUGAAGCCUCAACGGGAGGGUGGAGGGAACAACUUGUUUGGCCAGGACAUGCUUGACUACAUCAAAAGCAGAGGCGCAGCAGCAAGUAGUGUAUCGGAAACAGAGAAUGCGAAGCAGAAUGGAGGAGCUGAAAGUCACGCAGCCACUACGACUACGUGUCCAACUACAAACGAUGAAAACUACUAUAUUUUGAUGAAAAAAAUCGAAACUAUUCCCGAGCCAAAUGUUCUUUUUUUGACUGACGAAGGUGCCUCUUUUAAGGCCGAUGCUGUAACCGAAGUUGGACUUUUUUCAGUGUUUUUUAGAGACCCUGAGGACAUCAAACUUGAAGAAGAUAGUACAAAUUCUCUAAACAAGAAGCAUUUUGUCCCUCCUCAAGGAGAAAUCAAUGAAAUGGUAGGAAUAUUUCAGAGAGCAAAGCGUUCAAGCAGUGACGAAGGCGGAAUCUGUGCAGGACAUGGCUUUUUAGACCUCAUGGACUUGGAGGAAAUGAAACCUGGAUGAGCCGACUUUUAUCUAGACAUGUGUUUGAUUUUUGAAACAAUCAAUGAACAGACACCCAGCGGAGUCCAUUCUUGUAUACAACUAGUCACACAACCAGCACUUUUGAAAUUUGAACGCU